AUGAAGUUGUUACAUGUACGACCCAUACAGGCAAGCGCCGUAACCACCAGAUGUCGCUGCUGACUGUAACAUUCCCUUUUCCUUCCAGCGUUCCACCGGUUAGAGACCCGGGGUUUCAAUAUUGACUCGAGUCUUAGCACGAGGUUCCAAAACAAAUUUCACCCUUCUAGUGCGCGUGAUUGCAUUUCGAAACAAGCGCCUUACCCUUUCUCCUGGCCACCCCCGCCUCCUCCGCCACCUCUCACGCGCUUUCAAGGGGUCGGCCACAGACUCUAACCUCCAUUUUAGGCUGCGAACCGUCUCGUGCAUCUUCGUCCAGUUUGUUGCUUUUUUAGAGGAUGGGGGCUGUAGCCUGCCUCUCUCAAUGGUGAAUCAUGGUUCAGCUGCUUCUGUGACAUUCCUACGAUAUUUCGUCUUUAUUGUCAUUCCAUAACACGGAGAAAACAGUGUCAACACCAGUCUCGACAGUGAAAAGUAAAGUUUCGCAUGAAAGUUACGAAGGCGAAAAUAAUUUAGUUUUUUUUAAAGAGGUAAAGAGAAACAUCCUUAAGAUGAGUCAUCGCUUAUUUCUGGACCACGAUGUCCCUCUUUCGUGAACGCCUGUAAAGAGAUCGUCCAUCGUCGCCUGGUCGGCUAGACAAGGACGAGAAGAAACAAUCCUUGUGUUAUCACCUUCGUUAUCGCUGUCGUCGCCAUGGACAGAAUUGGCGCCACGCUCAAGCAGCGCUACAGCAAGCCGUGCUGCAUCAAAGUCGGCAUCGGCGUCGGCGUGGCUGUGCUUUUGUUGGUGGUGGUUGUCGUUGCAGCGACCGUGGCGUCCAGCAACAGGAGUAGUAGUGGUGCUGAUGAUGGCAAUGGUGGUGGUGGAGGUGGAAGCUCGAAUGAAGCUCAGUUUGAAAGCACGGCGGCGGUGUCGCAAUUAGUCACACAGGGACCAAAGCAGACGAAGCUGGAAAACACCUUUCUUGUGAAGCUAGACUCCGACGGCUUUCACCAGCUUCUCGCCGUGGAUGACAGCACUCAGACCUAUGUCGCGGAGAUUGACAAGAAUGAAUAUUUCAACCUUUACAUUAUCGUCGACUUUAAAAAGCGACAGCACGUGUAUGUGGGUGUUGAGAAGUCAGAGAACAAUGUCCGGACGGCGAUAGUGGAGACGAGGGUUCUGUUCUGCCACAACAGCCCUUUCGACGUCAACUUCAACGGCCUGUUCACGUCGGCAUCACGUCUUCGGGCAGGGGGCAAGACCUACACGGAGCAGGUCAGUGGUCGGCCAGUGACCCUAGAUGUAUCAGAUGCAGGUUCCUACAGCAUGUCCACCAUAUUGACCACCGUUUUCAUUGGUUCGUGCAAAGCUUUGAAGGAAGACCAGUUCCUUAAGUGGACCGCACCGUUUUCGAACUGCAGCGGAGACACAACCGAGACAUUCGAUACUCCCACCUGCUCCAGUGUUGCCUGUCCGUCCCUCCCGGAGCUGGAGUCGGCUCAGUCACUCAACCAGGCGUGCAAGAACUUUCGCAAGUGCAAUUACUACAUGGGCAGGUGCGACAACUACUGGGCUGCGUCCACCUACGACCAGCGGCCGUACUGCGUGUGUCGCAGCGAAGUCCUGGAGGACCUGAAGAACAUCAACUGCCCGCGCACUGCCAACGACGGCGGCGAGUGCGAGCUACCCAAGCGCAACCUGGUGGACUUCGAGGCAUACGCCCCCUGCUACUGCAAGUACCAGAUUUCGAGGAUCUACCCGACGAGCAACACGUCUGGCUCUGUCGGCUGGGUGGUCAACGCCAUCUUCACAACGGCCCCGGCCAGAAGCUAUAAGCAGUGUCCCUGCUGAUGGAUACAGGGUUAAGGGACACACACACGCAUGCACGCACACACACACAUUCACAGAUUCAGGGAAGACUGGGUGGUGGGGUGGACAGGACAAAAUGUGAACCAGGAAAAGAAUUUUAUUAUUAGGCCCCCAAGUCCUUGGUAGGUGAAGAGAUACAGAACAGUAGCUGACCAGUUACCCCACUAAGAGCCUUGCAAAAAUAAAUACUGGCCUUGUACCCGAUUAUCUAACUCUGUGACAGUAGGUUUAUAUGUUCCUCAGGGAACCUCGUCAGUUAACGAAAGAAUAAGUGAUGCUUGAACUUGAUCUUUUAACAUCAUUGUGCUUAGGAAUCGUUGUAAUGGUGUCUGUAGGUGCUGGUAGAGAUGUUCAUUUUUUUUCCCAAGGAGGUUCAGAUAAACGCAAACACGGUUUAUUCGCGUUGACAGUGACAAUAAGAGUUAUGUAGUCUGUAAGCUUUUGCUGACAUCCUCUGGUACUAUGCUCUGCAAAUCUCCAAGUGUUGGUUUCUAGCGUGGAUGAAGUCUGCAGAUGUUAAAAAGCAGGACAUUUAUUUUAUUUUAAGUAUAUUUCACUGAUAUUAUGUGUCCACGCAGUUUUAAGAAAACUUCCUCCCUAGCCCACGUUUAAGGAAUGAAGUUUAUAGUUAAUCUCAUACCAGGCCCUCUGUUUCUGUCAGAAGUAAUAUUCAUGUCAGGUCUGGUGACUUGUAAUGAUCGUGUUCAAGUAUAUAUACAAGUAAAUAGCUUCAUAUUUAGCUGGGAUUAUAACCUUCUGGCCUUAAUGUUAUUAUAGAAUUCAGGGCUUCUGCUUAAGCAAAAAAUUGCGUACAGUACGCAUUAAAAGUUCGGAGGACCCCUUCAAAUUUGGGCGAAGAACAGAUACAAAAUUGGGUAAGUGUAGUGUCUGACAUCGUAGCCCAAUCUAGUGUUGUCGUCUGCUACAAGGUGAGAGUUACUUUCCUUGCACUGAGUUUUUUCCCUUACCGGGAAGAGUUCCAUCAUGGACAGCGUGGUUAGAAUCAUCGUCCCAGAAUCGGAAAGAAAGUGAGCACCCCAAGUACAGUGAGCAUCAGCUCAUCACAGAAGCUUGCACAGACUUCAUGGCACAGAAAUCUCGCCGUUUCUGACUAGACAUUACAGUGCUUUGUGUGCAUGAAAGGCAGUGAACAAAGUGGUUGAUUUGUUGGGGUUUUUUCAACUUUGUAAAGGGACCCCUUAGAGUUAGCCUGGGACCCCUUAGAAAGCUGAAGAAGGGGUCCCUGGGACCCCAAAGAAUUUAGCCUUAGCAGAAGCCCUGUUAGAAUAAUCCUAAUUUCACUUUCACAGUGGAUCACCUGUUGCUGGUGGAGCUUAUGUUCAUGAUAAGAUUUAUGCUGUGGUGCACCCGGUAGGUCUAUUGUUAUAAAAAAUCUUGUUUCUAUAUUUGUAUGUAAGGGGCCUUAUCUUUUAAUGGAAUCAUUACUUUGGGGCCUUAUAGUUGUAGACACAGCUGUGUGUAAACAGCUAUCUGUAUCCCAAUAUCACAAAUAUUUUAGUACUUGUUAGUAAGCUUAUACUGAAGGUAUAAGGUAGAUAAAUAUUGAAAAUAUAUUUUGCUAUGUUGCAAACAUAGACGUGUUCUAUACAAGUCUGGAAAAUUGUGUUAUAGUUCUAUACAAUGUAUUAUUACCUGAAUAGUCGUCAUUAUCAUCUUGUAUGCCUGUUCCUGCGAUCAUGUUUGAGCAUAAUUUAUAUACAUACAGCAGUUGUAUGACUCAAAUCUGUUUGUGGCAGUUGACUGACCUUUCGCUGAUUACCAAAUGCUUUGUUCAUAUUAGAAUAAAUUUGUUGCCGUUGACGACAGCUCUGUUAGUGUUGUUUGUAAAGAAGAUAAUAAUUAUUUCUGUGUCUGGUUGGCUGUUGGUUUAUUUGCUGUCUUGAUGUUGGACUAAAGACAAAAUACGAUUUUUCUCAAAUAACUCAGUCAUGGGAACACUUUAGGAAGAAUUGAGGGUAUGUCAUAAUCCCGGCCACCCGUUGGUGUG